CAGCCGAGUGGGGUGAGGGUUUGCAAGCUGCAUUUUGGAUACAGAGGGGCUCCCGAGCAAAGAUCGAGUUUCAGCUCGCUGGAGACUGAUGGUGAGCUGAAGGCGGGGUGAGAGUGAUGUAACAGGAAGCCGGAGGCUUGGCUGUUAACGAUGAUGCCCUUGCCCUGAUCACUCACUCGCCCGACACUAAACUUAAAGCAGGCAGCCCGACAAGAGCUGUCCCAUUGCGAGAGUGCACAGCGAGCUGACUGACUGGCAGCCUCUGUUCUGGAUUACCCACUCGGUAUCCUCUAAACAGAUCAAUUUCCACAUCCGAGGCAGGGGGAUCAACUUGGAAAGAAGCACAAAAAUUCUCCGCCCUCUCCCCACCCUAACCCCCUUCCUUGAGGAUCCAGUACUGCUCUGGUUGGCUGUCAUUUUCAAGUGUGAAUUACUCAAGACGGUGCCUUCGAUGGAAGGAAAACUGGUGUUUCAGAUUCUGUUCUUUAUUUUGGUUUCAAAGCAGCUGUUUGCAGCCGCUCAGACGAGUAACAGUACAAGGAAUGUGACAAUACAACUAUACAAUGGACUUGGCUUCACCAGGGAAAAAAUAAUGAUUGCACAAUAUGAGUGCUAUCAAAAGAUCAUGAAGGUGGCCGUGUACAGCAGAAAUGCUACGAGCCCCGUAUGUAGCAGGACGUGGGACGGGUGGCUAUGCUGGGAAGAUACUCCUCCUGGGGCAGUGGCUGUGCAACGAUGCCCCGACUAUUUUCAAGACUUUGAUCCGCAAGAGAAAGCAAUAAAGAUUUGCGAUGAAACUGGGAAAUGGUUUCGACACCCGGAGAGCAACAGAACCUGGACAAAUUACACACUGUGUACUGCAUACACAAAGGAAAAGCUCAAGACUGCAUUGAAUUUAUUGUACCUGGCAGUGAUUGGGCAAGGAUUAUCAAUGGCUUCUCUGCUGAUUUCUCUCAGCAUCUUCUUUUACUUCAAGAGUUUAAGUUGCCAGAGGAUAACACUUCACAAAAAUCUAUUUUUGUCAUUUAUUUGUAACUCCAUUGUCACCAUCAUCUGGCUAACCGCUGUGGCAAAUAAUCAGAAAUUUGUUGCAAGAAAUCUGGUCAGCUGUAAAGUGUUACAAUUCAUCUCUUUGUACUUAAUGGGCUGCAAUUAUUUCUGGAUGUUAUGCGAGGGCAUUUACCUUCACACGCUGAUUGUUGUUGCUGUAUUCGCUGAGAAACAACACUUGCUAUGGUAUUGUCUUCUUGGAUGGGGGUUUCCACUCAUUCCUGCCACGAUACACGCAAUAGCAAGAAGCAUAUAUUACAAUGAUAACUGCUGGAUUAGUUCUGACACUCAUCUGCUGUAUAUCGUUCAUGGUCCUACCUGUGCAGCCCUGUUGGUUAACUUGUUUUUCUUGCUAAAUAUCGUCCGUGUCCUUAUAACCAAGUUAAAGGUCACGCACCGAACAGAAUCAAACCUGUACAUGAAAGCAGUGAGGGCGACCCUGAUAUUAGUUCCACUGCUUGGGAUCCAGUUUGUUCUGUUCCCAUGGAAGCCGGAAGGCCAAAUAGCUGAAGAGGUCUACGAUUAUGUGAUGCAUAUUUUAAUGCAUUAUCAGGGUUUAUUGGUGGCAACAAUAUUUUGCUUCUUCAAUGGAGAGGUUCAAGGUAUAUUAAGACGCCACUGGAAGCAGUACAACAUUCAGUUCGGGAACAGCCUGACCCACUCAGAAGGCCUGCGCUCUACCUCUUACACUGGGACUUCUAUCACGGAAGUACACGGGAGCCUGUAUAAUCAUGAUCCCAGCAGCGAAUAUGCAAAUGGAAAGAAUUUUCAUGACAUUGAAAUAAUUGGCGUGAAAGCAGGAGAAAUACAUACCUAAAGAGAAUCAAAAGUGCCUGCCAGCGAUGAGGAUUUCAGUGACCAUAAACUUUCUUCUUUCACUUUAUUGGAAGAGCUAGUUCAGUCUUUACUAAAGGUUAUUUUCAUCCUCAACCAUCAUCUUAUUACUACCCGAUUGUUCAUUGCACAAUUGAUAAAAUAAAUACUAGAAUUGUUAAGCUAUGUCCUUGGCACUGUUCGAAAGACAUCCAUUGAAAUAGGAGACUUGUAAAUAUUCUUCUAUUUCUGGUCUUCAUACCACCAGCCAAUAUUAUCCCUAAAAACCAUCAGGCGGUGAAGGUAGGUGCAAUAGUAGAUUCUAAUUUCACAGAAGGAUGGUCUUUGUCAUCAGAUGAGUAAUAUCCUGAUUACUGAUUCACUUGUGCCAACAUUAUUAUACACCUGAUCAAUUCCAAUCUCCGUCAUUGGUGGAACUUCAACUGGUGAAGAGUGAGAUCUUCUUAACAUUCCCUCAGGGUUUAGGCGCACUGCCCUAAUGAUAUAUUAGUUUUAUGUUUUCUAUAUUUUAUAUUAAAACAGGCUCUUAUAAUUAUCAUAUAAGGAAACACUUAUGUCAUAACUAUCUUGCAGUAUUGAAUUUUUGAAUUUCUUAAUGCUGGAAAAUAAAAUAGUAUUCAAUCAUUUUAACUUGUUUUUCUCUGUAAAUAUGAUUUGUGAAAUUUCAAUGUAUUUAUUGCUUGGUGAGUAAAAGUUGUAAUAAAAUGUGCAAAGUGUUCUUUUCACAUUUUGCUCUUUUCCAGGUAGUGUGAUUGUAUUUCAUAUUUGACAUGUGCAAUGUGUGUUGAGGUUAUGUACCAAAAAUGGAAUAAACUUUUGCCUUCCACGUGCCAAGUUUCUCACAGAUUUCAACAUGAUUUGGAAUCUAUACUGAAUGUGCCACUUCAAUUAGUUUGUAGUUGGAAGGAGGGGAUAAUCUUUGCCAAUGUCUCCAUGGAAAAUGUGGGUUGUAACUUCCUGAAGGUUGGUUAAAAUUAAAUAUGUAUCAAAAUACUCACUUUAGAUAAUUUUUUAUAUUUAUAAAGCAAGCCCAUACAACCAAAGCCAGGAUCUAUUCACCAAAUUGUACAAUAUUUCAGCACAGAUUAGGUCCUUGGUCUAUUAAGUGUGUAUAAUUGUUCAAUACCACUCAUUUGCUGAUUACUCUGGUUUAUAUAUACUUGAGGAUUCGUCGACUAUCAAUUAUCCCAUCCCUUUCAUCAUUACCUCUUAUCAGAAUUUACUUCAAGAAACCAAACAUCACGAGGAAAAGAUUUAAAGUGGGAAAAAGAAACCUUUGUUUCCUUUGCAAAUGUAAGAUUAAAAAAACAAAUAUAUAUUUAUAUUGAGGAAAGAUCUUUCAUGAUACUAGAGAAGAGGUUUUUUUGAGUGGUUUAUAACAAAAUAUCGACGGAAUAUUGAAAAUGCAAAUUUCAUAUUUAGUGAUAACAAAUAGUUCUGAUUAAGGUGGUGCAAUUGUCAUAAUCUGAUCUGUUUGACAGGUGCCACCCAGAGGAACCAGUGCACUAGAUUUCUCCACUGUUGUGCAAUGGUUGAAACAUACACAUAUUCUGAUGGGGGAAAUUGUUCUGGGGAAAGACUUAAAGAGAUGAUAGUGGACAGAUUGUUCCUCUAAGAUUGGUUUUCAAUUUAAAGUGUGUUCUGUAACAAAUAUCAUUAAAAUACAGCUUUCAUCUAAACCAAAGUGGAUCUAUUCUCCUCAACCUAUUAUCUGCUGUAUGAAUGUCAUGGCUUACUUUAGGCUGUUGUGGUUUCCAUGUUUAUUAACAUCUUCACUGAAAUGAAUGUGGCCACGGCUGCUGAAUGUUUUACUUUGUCACAGAGAGAGUCAUUUGUUAAGUUUGUGUGAUAAUGUAUCUGAAGGUCAAAGACUUAAUAAAAGAGUGCUUUCAGCAUAAUAAACUAA